AUGAUUAAAGCUGAAGAAAACAGCGUCAAGCCUGACGACUCCACUCCCACAACGGCUGCUUCAGCUGCUGAGGCAACAAACACAACCACCACAGCCACCACUGCUGCUGAAACAGCUGCAGCUGCGACCACCACCACUGCUGCUGCUGCAGCACCAGCAGCCUCGGAAGGGGAAUCUGCUGCAGCCUCUUCUGGGGCAGAAAACGAGAAUUCUGGCACGGCAACGGCUGAGGAGCAGGGACAAGCAGCUUCUGCACCUGCUGGGCAGGACCAGAGUGGAGAAGCUGCAGCUAAUGCAGCAGAUGACUCUUCCAAGCAAGAGGCCUCAGGAGAUGCUGCUUCAAAGAAGGAGGAUGAAGAUGCCCAACCAGUUAAAAAAACCUACACCUGGAAUACAAAGGAAGAAGCAAAGCAAGCAUUUAAAGAGCUGUUAAAAGAAAAGCGAGUACCGUCCAAUGCUUCUUGGGAGCAAGCUAUGAAAAUGAUCAUUAAUGAUCCUAGAUACAGUGCUUUGGCAAAAUUAAGUGAAAAAAAGCAAGCCUUUAAUGCUUACAAAGUUCAAACAGAGAAAGAAGAGAAAGAAGAAGCAAGAUCCAAAUACAAAGAAGCUAAGGAAUCCUUCCAGCGUUUCCUUGAAAACCAUGAGAAGAUGACAUCCACUACAAGAUACAAAAAAGCUGAACAAAUGUUUGGGGAGAUGGAAGUCUGGAAUGCAAUCUCUGAGCGUGACCGUCUUGAAAUUUAUGAAGAUGUCUUGUUUUUCCUGUCUAAGAAAGAAAAGGAACAAGCCAAACAGUUAAGGAAGAGGAACUGGGAAGCUCUGAAGAACAUACUAGAUAAUAUGGCUAAUGUCACUUACUGUACUACUUGGUCAGAGGCUCAGCAGUAUCUGAUGGACAAUCCUACAUUUGCAGAAGAUGAGGAACUUCAGAACAUGGAUAAGGAGGAUGCGCUGAUCUGUUUCGAGGAACAUAUCAGGGCACUGGAAAAAGAGGAGGAAGAAGAAAAACAGAAGAGUUUGCUUAGAGAAAGGAGGCGGCAGCGCAAGAACAGAGAAUCCUUCCAGCUAUUUUUAGAUGAGCUGCACGAGCAUGGCCAACUACAUUCCAUGUCCUCUUGGAUGGAGUUGUACCCAACCAUCAGCUCUGACAUCAGAUUCACCAACAUGCUUGGUCAACCUGGAUCAACAGCACUUGAUCUUUUCAAGUUCUAUGUUGAAGACUUGAAGGCACGUUACCAUGAUGAAAAGAAGAUAAUAAAGGAUAUCUUAAAGGAUAAAGGGUUUGUGGUGGAAGUCAAUACAUCUUUUGAAGAUUUUGUUACGGUCAUCAGUUCAACUAAAAGAGCUACUACUUUAGAUGCAGGAAAUAUCAAGCUGGCUUUCAACAGUCUGCUAGAAAAGGCAGAAGCCCGUGAGAGAGAGAGAGAAAAAGAAGAAGCUCGCAAGAUGAAGAGGAAGGAGUCUGCCUUCAAGAGCAUGUUGAAACAAGCUACUCCUCCCAUUGAGCUGGAUGCUGUCUGGGAAGAUAUCAGAGAUAGAUUUGUGAAGGAACCAGCAUUUGAAGACAUCACUCUGGAGUCUGAAAGAAAAAGAAUAUUUAAAGAUUUCAUGCAUGUACUAGAGCACGAGUGUCAGCAUCAUCACUCCAAGAACAAGAAACAUUCUAAGAAGUCCAAAAAGCAUCACAGGAAGCGAUCGCGUUCCCGCUCGGGCUCAGAGUCUGAGGACGACGACAGCCAUUCCAAGAAGAAAAGGCAACGUUCAGAAUCCAGAUCGGCCUCGGAGCGUUCUUCCAGCGCAGAAUCCGAGAGAAGUUACAAGAAGUCGAAAAAACACAAGAAAAAGAGCAAGAAGAGAAGACAUAAGUCUGAUUCACCAGAGUCAGAUGUUGAGCGAGAAAAAGACAAAAAAGAAAGAGAGAGAGAUGGUGAGAAGGACAGAGCAAGACAGAGAUCUGAAUCAAAGCAUAAAUCUCCUACUAAAAAGCGGCCUGGAAAAGAUUCUGGGGACUGGGACACCUCUGGCAGUGAGCUGAGCGAGGGGGAGUUGGAAAAGCAGAGGAGGACUCUUUUGGAACAACUGGAUGAAGAUCAAUGAGAACAUUAUUUAUACCAAAUAUGUUUACAUUGUGGCAUAAUAAAAGAAACCAAUGUCU